UGUUUAUGAAUCGUCCAACAAGGACAAAAAAGAGAGUAUUUCUCGAGAGACUGCGUAACAAAAAUAAAGAUUUGAGAUCAUAUUUAGUGGGUCAUUUGUACAUAAAGUGAGAAUGACGGAGGUGAAACGGUUACCAGUGUUUGUUUUCCCAAGUUCGCUCAAUUUCUUCGCUGAUGAGUCGUCUUCACAUAAACAAAUGGUCACUGUUUACAACCCAUAUGAUUUUGUUGUAAACUUCAAAGUACUGUGUAAUGCUCCACACAAGUACCAGAUUGGUGAUCCUGAGGGUUCUAUAAAACCUCACUGUUGUAUGGAUAUAGUAAUACGACACAUUUCUAUUUUGCCAACUUGCUACCAUGUUACGGACAAGUUCAGGAUUCAAAUGAAUGAACACAACAGCAGACAGUUGUUAGGGAAGAAAGAUAUCCCAGUUAUUUUAUUACCAGGGAAAUCAACAGGAAUCUCAGACUCAACUGCUACUAGUCUGGAUAACUUCAGACAGUUCUCCACAGAUGUACCGUCAGCCUCUUCUAGUGACUCAAGCUCUUCAACUAUGCAAAUUCAAGCUUCCUCAAAUAGCCUUGGCAAAUUAGGUUAUCAAAAUGCUGGACCAAAUUAUAUUGCCAUUUUGGUGGCAGUCGUUUGUAUUAUAGCUCUAAUGUUGCCUUCAAAUGAAGCUGAAGGUGGCUCGUCAUCCUCUUUUUGGUCAAUGUUUCACUUGUCUUCACAACAGAAACUGGUAUUUGCCUAUUCUCUCGGUCUGGUUACAAUGGUCAUAUUUCGGGUGUAGAUGGCCUUCUUCCUGUGAGAAGUUCAAAGUACGCAAUGAAUGCGCAACUUUCUGUUCGCCAACUUUGAGAGAUAUGAACGUCAAUGAGAUUCCUUGAUGUCGGCUUAAAGUAACCAUUCAGAUAAUUUAUGAAGUAAAUUUUAAAAUUGGCUCGUCUCUUUUGAAAAUUUAAAUGAAAAUUAAAACUAGCGAAAAUUAAUAUGGAAUGUCGUGCCCCCGAUUGCAGACAAAACUCCAACCACCCUGUAAAAUUGAAGAAGAAUUAUAAAGCAACAUUUUUGUGAAAU